AUGUGACCUCUCGAAUCACAACUCAUCUUCAAUGAGACCAGGAUCAAAGCCGCUCUCUUUUCGAGUUCAUGCUCCAGAUGUGUCUCGCUCUGGGAAUGCUUUGACAGCAUUUGCCUCGAUCUGGUCGCUCCUCUUGCUGUUGCGUGCGCAACGGCUCUGCUCUCACGUAUAUGGACGGACAGGAAAAGAAUGGAGAUCAUGCUGAAGGGUAACUUUGUUGGUCUUUCACAAUCAUGCUAUCUUUCAGGAGAAACAUGAUCUCACAGACCUAAGAACGCGUGAAAUGUUACUGAUCAGGGAGCUUUCGCUGCGUUAUUUUAUGACGGUAUGAGGAUGGACAGUCUCGAGCUUUGUGCCCACUCUUUGCGGCACAGUCGAGCAUAAAGUUAAUGUCAAUUGUUAGUUGUGAAGUGGGCACAUAUGUGGGCGCGAAGGUUGUUACGCCCCUCUCUGAUUAUCUGACAAAUGAUCAUGAAGACAGCCAAAGAAAUAGCGAUGGAAAAACCACUUCGUCGUGAUCACGAAUCAUCGAAAUCAUUCACGGUUCGGAGAGUCAUUGCGACAUUCCUUGGCGCGGUAUUCUACCUCCUAUGCAACGGCUUGAAAAACCUCCUCCGCUAUCGUGGAGACUGCAUCGAUGGUAAGGCCUCCGCUUCGGAUGCGUCCUGCCGAAACAAGAUCUUCACCAUCACGCUCGCGCAUAUUCUCUUUGCCAUUGCCGGCUACAUAUAUGGUGGCCACUGGGACCGGGAGCGCAGCAAGAAUCCGGAGACACGCCGACGUGAGGCAGCACGGGUGGAUGAAGGGAUGCGACGGUUUGAUGUCGUGAUGAAAGAUACCAGCCGACUCGGCUUGCGGUUGACCGGGGCCGUGUUGGCGGCGGCCAUCUUCCAUGCGUUCGGAUCGGGAAGUUCGGAGUUGGAAAGGUACAUCGAUCUGUGUUCCGGUGAACUCUGGGACGCAUCGCCGGAGUGCUACGUUUCGUUCGCGGGAAUCAUUGUAUCUUAUCCGUUCUUUGGGCUUGUGGGUUUUCUCGCGGCAGUGACUUGGGAGCUUUGUCAGGGAAUCGUUCCGCGACGACGCGAAUAGAGGAAUAUUUAGAUUAAGCAAGCGUCGCCCAUCAAUCACAUUUGAGGGAGACCGUGAUACUAGGCGAAAUGGUCAUGGCCGU